CCCGAGUCACCGUCGUAGCCCAGCCCCGCCCCGGCCCAUGCGGGGCCCCUGGGGCCGGCCGGGACCCCCCCGGCUCUAGCGGGGCCCGGGCCGCCGGCCCCAGCGGGAGGAAGGAGGAAGGACGAGGAGGAGCCGGGGGCCCAGGAGUCGCUGUCUCCAGAGCAGCCGCAGGAGUCGCCGCCGCCGCCGCCGCCGGGAGGAGGGGAGGAGGGGGGAGGAGAAGGAGGAGGAGGAGGGACGGGACUUGUUGCCCAGAAGUUGAGACUUUCUCACCGGCCGAGCCGAAGCGCGCCCUGCCUGCCCCCGGGAGCCAGGGCCACCGCGCCCUGGACACUUCGGACUCAGCCGCCCGCUCCCACCUCCCCUCGGGACCUCUGGUCCUUGGCACCCAGCAGCCCCCGAAGAAGUCUCCCCUGCCUGCCUUGCCCCCCUCCCCGAGUGGAGGAAAACCCGCGUAGACCCCCGACCCCUCACCCUACAGGCAGUUAGGGUUGCCUGGCCCCCCCGCUGGCCCCCCCGCUGGUUCUCACCCCCCACCCUCCAGUGGGCGCAUCUUCGGAGCUCGCCUUCCUCAGUUCCCCCGGUCAGCCUCAGACACCCUCCCAUUCUCGCAGACCUCCCCGUCGGGGAUCCCGAGCCCUACAGGGCUCAGACGCUCCUCCUUCCCCCGCCGCCGGCCCCGAGGCCAGUGCCGCCGCCGCCGCCGCCACAGCGUGCGCCUCUUCCUCCAUGCCGCCCUCGGGGCUGCGGGCGGCGGCGGCUGCCCUGGUGCCGCUGCUGGCCCUCCUGCUGGCCCCGCCGCGCCCGGCUGCGGCCAUGUCCACCUGCAAGACCUUGGACAUGGAGCUGGUGAAACGGCGGCGCAUCGAGGCCAUCCGCGGGCAGAUCCUGUCCAAGUUGCGGCUGGACAGCCCGCCAGCCCAGGGCGACGUGCCCCCGGGCCCGCUGCCCGACGCCGUGCUCGCCCUCUACAACAGCACCCGGGACCGCGUGGCCGAGCCGGGGCCCGAGGCCGAGACCGACUACUACGCCAAGGAGGUCACCCGGGUCCUCAUGAUACCCCAGAGUCCGGAUGCUGAGAAGAUUCCCCACAGUGUCUACUUCCACUUCAACACCUCAGAGCUCCAGGAAGCCGUCCCUGAUCCAGCUCUGCUCUCUCGAGCUGAGCUCCGGAUGAUGAAAACCAAGUCGACAGUGGAACAGCAUGUAGAACUCUAUCAGAAAUUUGGCAAUGGCUCUUGGCGCUACCUGACCAGCCAGCGAGUCCGGCCCAGCCAGACUGUGGAGUGGCUGUCCUUUGAAGUCACCAAUGUGGUGUAUCAGUGGUUGAGUAGUAAAGAGAAGACUGAGACCUUCCGCCUCAGUGCCCACUGCUCUUGUGAUCAGAAAGAUAACCAGCUCCAUAUGGACGUUAGUGGUUUGAACAAUGUUCGGGGGGACAUGGGCAUCAUUCAGAGCCAAAAUCGGCCUUUCCUGCUGCUGAUGGCCACCCCCCUGGAUCGGGCACAGAACCUUCACAGCCCCAGGCACCGAAGGGCCCUGGACACUGACUACUGCUUUAGCUCCUCAGAGAAGAACUGCUGUGUUCGUCAACUCUACAUUGAUUUUCGUAAGGACUUGGGCUGGAAGUGGAUACAUGAGCCCAAAGGCUAUCAUGCCAACUUCUGCCUGGGGCCCUGUCCCUACAUCUGGAGCCUGGACAACCAGUACAGCAAGGUUCUGGCCCUCUAUAACCAGCACAACCCUGGGGCGUCAGUGAACCCCUGCUGUGUGCCCCAGGCCCUGGAACCCUUGCCCAUCGUUUACUAUGUGGGGCGGAAGCCCAAGGUGGAGCAGCUGUCCAACAUGAUUGUCCGCUCCUGCAAGUGCAGCUGAGACCUUUGCCCUGAUCCCCGGGGACCCCCCGGCAGGCCCGGCCCCCUCCCCCCUCCCCCCCCCAGCUGGCCUCUUAUGGGAGGGGGAGAGGGACCCGGCCUGGGGGGGUGUGUGGUAUUUAAAGGCCACCCGGACCCCAACCCCCUGGGGGCCGAUUAAAAGGUGG